GCAUUUUUGCCAAAGUAACUUAUCGAAAGGUUCAUCAAAAAUAGAAUUAUAUGGGCCCCUUCAGAGUGGAGCACCAUUAUAGGAAAUUGCAGAGUUAACCCGAGGCCAUAUAAAGUUAUAAAGCUUGAGCACUUUGAGUUCAAAAAUUGGAAGAAGCUAGGGGAUGAGCAGCUCGUCCUUACAAAAACAGGGCUAAAAAUGAAUAGUGUAAGACAAGCUUUUUUUCAAAAAGGAUCACCGGAAGUCGCAGUCAAAUAUACCUAUGACAGAAGUCCUGAAUACGAUUUGUGUUUUGAGUUGAACUACAAUAAGGGUGGUCGAAAACGACAAGAAAAGGCCUUUUCUGAACCUGAAAGAAUUUAUAAGCAACUGCUUUCAAUAUCCGAAUUAAAAAGAAGGGAUUUGGAUAAACUUUGCAAAAACAAUGUCAUACCUGCCAGGUUUCACGAUGAAUUUUUUAAACUGAAAUCAAAGUCUUCUGUUCAAGAUGAGUUAGCAGAGAGUGAUGCAGAGGAUGACAAGGAGGAUGAAAGCUCCGAAUCUUAAUAAAAAAUAAUAUGUAUUUUUUACUACUUAGUAAGAAUUUAACAGUUGAUUUCUGUAACGUUAUUUUAUGUGUUUUUUUAUAAUAAACGAUAACUUUU